GUCUCAUGCGUUGAGAUCCCAUCCUUUCUCUCUCUCUAAAAAUUUAAAGAAAAACUCUGAUCUUUUUUUUUUCUUGCUCAAACUUGCCCCAUUUUUCUCCAAAAAAAAAAAAAAAAAAAUACAAUCUUUUCUUCACGAUUUCGUUCAAUCACUAUCAGCAUUAGCUUUGAUCAAGAUUUCCAAAAAUAGGUAUUGUCCCUCUUAUUCAAACACAGUGAAAUCGAUCUCUUUGAGAACAUCCAAGUGCUAUUUAGUCUUGAUUCUGCUUCGGUCGAUGGUGUUUUGACUGUCGAUGAUGCUAUUUUGAGGGGAUGAAUCAAGGAGGGGAUUUGGACUACGUCCCAGAUUCAGAUGAAGAAAUCCAGCAAGGGUUUUCGACAAGGAGAUUAAAUAAAGUUUGUGUAGCUCGUAAAGCUACUGAUACCAAUCAUCAUGAAAUAUCUGUAGAUUCUACCACUAAAUCAGAUGAGCUGGAUCAUGAACUUGAGAUUCCCGGGUGUUCUCAAAGCUCUUAUAGCGAUAAAUCUCUCAGCAGAGUAAACCGAUCAAGGAUCAGAAAAUUAUAUAAUGAAGAGGUUUUAUGCGAGACGGAUAAUAGAUUUAUCGGCUCUCAAGAGCCUGGUGAGCUGUCUCAAGCCAUUGCAAUGAAUGUUGUCGAAAAAUUAGUUUGUGAUAAUGAUGAGGGUUCAUGUCAAGCUAUUGAUUCUACGAACGUUGUAGGGCUGAAUUCACCUCCUAUUUCGAGUGUAAGAGGAGCUCAACAUUUGGCUAAAUGGGUGAAUCAUAGAAGUUCAGUUAGAGAGCUGAGAACAUUUGACUGGGUUGAGAGUGUUUCAAAUGAGGGAGGCAAUGAUUCAAGAGAAAGAAUGAUAUAUAAGAAAAGAGAAAAAUUGUGUUGCUCUGAUAUUAGACAUCAAAGUUUCCAGGAGUCUCCAAAUUCAGGCUUAAUUCCAGGGAUUUCAUCCACCAAUAAGAUACAAAUAUCUGAAACAGAAGGAAAUGAUCCUCUGGAAGUUACAGAUGCUGAUAUUGGAGAUGCAGACCAAAUAUAUGAUAUUGGUCCUAGCACUCAAAUGGCUGCUGAAGCUAUGGAGGCUUUAGUUCAUGGAUCUCCUUUAAACCAUGGACUAGGGGAGGUCACAAUUCUGAAAGCUUCAAAUUUAAAUGUAGAUUCAAACAUUGGCGUCUCACUUGAGAAGAGGAUUUCUUCUACUCGUGAAUUGGAAAGCAUUUCGAUAUGCUGUAAAAGAAGAAAAUCCCUGAGCGGUGAACUAAACAAGGGGACAUCUAGUUCAUCAGUUAUGAAGGAGGUUGAAAAAACUUCGAUUCCAUCAAAGGCUCAAACUUGUUCCAACAAGAGGUUCAUCGAAGGGAAUCAUCCAUUUAAGGAUAUACCUGUUGCACCUCGAACUAAGGUGUCCAAAUGUAGAAAGGUAUCAAACUCGACAAAAAAAAUUAGUUUGCCGAUGGAGAAAGAUAAUCCAAGAGACAAUAUGGGAGAUGAUAAGUUUGCUGAAAAUACAUCCAGAUUCAGGAGUUUGAAAAGAAGGGAUGUCAAUAUCAGUUUUCGAGUUGAAAGUAGGGUUGUUUGUGCAAAACCAACAAAUAUUGUACAGCCCUCUGAAAGGUGUGAUAAGAGCAAGGUCAUUUUCAAAAGCUUUGAUGAUAUCCUAGGUUCAGCGAAGAGGAAGAAGAGAUCAGCUUCAGUGAGAAAUGUCUCAUCAGUAUCCAGUGAGAGGAGAAUUUUUUCUCUAUAUGAUGCUCAGGAUGGAGAGAAUAAUGCCAAAUUAGAUAUAAUUUCACCAAUCAGAAAGGCUCAAGAAACACAGAAGAUAUCAUGCAGCAAAUACACAAAAAAAGUAUCAACUUCAAGAGAGCUUCUUAGACUGGAAGCUACUGAACAAGAAGGAACUUGGUUAUCGAAAGACUCUCGAAGAAGAAAGGAUAUGUCCAAGGUUUGUAUUCUGUUCAGCAAUCAUUUGGAUGUGAAUGUAAUCAAGCGACAGAAGAAGAUUUUGGCACGAUUUGGAGCUCCCAUAGCAUCGUCGAUGGAAGAUGCCACACAUUUUAUUGCAGAUAGGUUCGCACGAACAAAGAACAUGUUAGAAGCAAUGGCUAUGGGUAAACCAGUGGUUACAAAAAUGUGGCUUGAUAGUUGUGCAAGAACUAGCUACUUCAUCGACGAGAAAAACUACUUAUUAAGGGAUCUGAAGAAGGAAAAGGAGAUUGGUUUCAGUAUGCCCGUUUCAUUAGCUCGUGCAUGUCAACAGCCACUUUUGCAGGGAAGAAGAGUGCUUAUUACUCCAAACGUUAAACCGAGCAUUGAAAUUGUAAGAAGCUUGGUUAAAGCAGCUCAUGGCCAGGUAUUAUCAGAGGGAAAUAUUUGCAAACUUGGAACACGGAGUGACAAUGUACCAGAUGAUCUUUUGCUUAUUUCAUGUGAAGAAGAUUAUGCAGCUUGUACCUCUCUCAUUGAUAAUGGAGUAAAGGUUUUCAGUUCUGAUCUACUACUGAAUGGGAUCAUAAUUCAAAAACUGGAGUUUGACAGAUACCAACUUUUUGUGAAGCGUGUUAAGUGAACCUGCUCAUAAUAUGAUUUAGAGGGGGAAGAAUGCAGUGUUCAAUGAACUUAUGUGAAUAUCUCGUUCAGAAAUUUUGACUUUCUAUACACCCAAAUUGGUGAUACACCAGUUUUUGUGAAAAAAAAUUCGCUAAUCAUGAUUUGGUGGUUUUGUAUAUUCGCUAAUCAUGAUUUGAAAAAUGAUGAUUCUCUUCCUUGUGUUACCCUUCUAAAUGAAGUUCAGAAGUUUGUCAUUUUGAUAUUGCUCUGGGAUUUAUACUGCAAGCUCAUCAGCUGUUAAAAUCAGUUUGUUUCUUUAGCGAAGUUAAUAUUUGAAGUAAACAAAUACGAGAAUGAUAAGUACUGGUUCUUUAUUGGUUCCCUUUGUAUCCAAUAAAUUGAUCCCACUGAAUAAUUUUUC